GUUCAAAAUGGCGACGUCGCCGAAGGAGCGUUUUGAUGCUGCGGUGAAAGUAAUCCAUGGUUUGCCAAAAAAUGGUCCGUUUCAGCCUUCCUAUGAGAUGAUGCUGAAUUUUUAUGGGUACUACAAACAAGCUACAGAGGGGCCAUGCACAAAAGCAAAACCUUGGGCGUGGGAUGUCGUUGCCAAGAAAAAAUGGGAUGCUUGGACUAAGCUGGGGGACAUGGAUCGUGAGCAAGCCAUGAUAAGCUAUGUUGAGGAACUCAAGAAGAGUAUCGAAAUAUGCACAGCAAAAUUACGUCAAAUGAAUGAGAAUGGCGAUAAAGGGAUAGUGGAAGCUAUGCCUCAGGAUCAGGUGGUGAGGGAGUUUAUGGCCAAACUGGGAGAUUUCUACGAGAUUGUGGACGAGAGGAUGCCAACAACACAAGAUGUAGCAGAAGACCUUGACCUUGACCACUCAAUGCGUGUGGACAUAGCACGACAACUGGAGGAGGAUGACCGCAAGGAGGAGAUUCCCGAAGACCUAAGGACACAAGAACUGGAAGACAGCCUCAGAAGGACCGAGGCACUCGUUGACCAGCAAUUAAAAGAGGUAUCAUCACAACUACUGACCAACGGGGUGGAGGAUGUGUCGAUGAAGAGUGGUCAAGGGGACAGCGAGAGUGAAGAGGAGUUCUGUGAUACUUCGGAUCAUCCCUCACAGGACUCGCCACCUCGAGAAGUAGAUGAUGUGAUGUCCGGUCAAACAGUUGAUCAUCAGAUGUCCACACCGGUCAAGUCAGUUCAAAACAAGGCUGGAAACCACGUCCAUUUUAACAACAGUUUGACCGUCCUUUCUGGAAACAAAAUCACCGAGGAGGUCAUGUCACCAAUAUCGAAAUCUAACCUCAACACAAACGAACAAUUGAACAUUCCACCAAACUUUCCAUUCCACGCUGUAAAUGGCAACACAAGACAGUUUUCUGACAGCAUGUUGACACACGGUGCUUCACCAGAUUCACAGAAUGUCUCGUUAGAGAGUGUUCCAGAUGUCAAGGACAGGUCGACAAGUUCACUUGAAGAUUCUUUAUCUGGACAGACGGACACUAUUGGUGCACGUGGUGAUUAUAAACCAGCAGGAAGUAAAGGUCAGGGGAAACCACUCCCAAGGGAUCAAUCACAACCAGCCAGAACAGGUACCAGGACAGGUCUGUUUAUGGCCCAGGGUGGAGGGAGUGAGACCACACCCAUGGGGUCUGGCAGUGGUAGACAUGGCCAGGACGAACCCCUGACUCAGUCUACAGAGCCGAGAAAUGACGAGCUGGCGGUGACAUUGAUGCGACUACAGCAGGACAUGAACCGAGUGUUGGCCCGUCUGGACAGCGUAGAGUCUACAGUGCAACAAAACAGAUCACAGAGUGACAGGAAAGUACCUCAGUCUAUAUGGAAUUCUCGCUGGUGGCCACUCCCUUCACUGACUGGGAGGACAUUCUUCUUUGUAUUUGUUUGGCCAUUUGUCGUACACUUAUUGUUAACGAGGGUGUUCAGAAGAAGAAGGCGAAACCGAUAAAGAAGAUUUUGAAGAAUGAAAACCCAUAAUGUGCCAAAUUCUCCAUCAUAAUCAUUAAUGAGGCAUCACAAAUGAGCUUAAUCCUAUUGGGGCAUCUGUCGGAGCACUGUCUAGUCCAGUUGCCUGCUCACCCUAUGUAACACAAUGUAAUUGCAUUGUACCACAGGUUGAUUUGUAGGACUUCACAGCUAUUGACAAUACACAUUGAUUUUGCGUUCAUUAUUGGAAAAUAAUCUUUAUUGUGAUUCUUUCCUAAAAUAGAAUCAACAGUGAGACACCUGUGUAAUGUGUUAUAUGAUUCAGACUUGUUUAAUUAACCCUUUCAACCCUAGGUAACUUAAGUAAACUCUACCAUGCAUUGAUCGGGUUGAGUCUAUUAUGGUCCACAGUGGUGAAAGGGUAAAUGGAUAAAAAGUUGAAGGUAAACUGGAACAAAUACAUUGAUAUCAGAGAGCAUAAAUGAAGGAAUAGAUAAGGGAGAUAACUUGUUCAAUCACAGGUAAAAUAUAUAUGGUGAAAAUUACAAAUAAAUGUAUAUUGUGUCCAAUUACAGAUAAAUGUAUAUGGUGGAAAAUUACAGGUAAAUGUACAUGAUGGUAAAUACAGAUAAUGUACAUGGUGGUAGAAAUAUUUAAAUGGUGGUAAUAUACAUGUGAAAAUAUAGGGUGGUAAAUUACAGAUAAAUGUACAUGGUGGUAAAUUACAGAUAAAUUUACAUGGUGGUAAAUUACAGAUAAAUGUGCAUGGUGGUAAAAUAAAUGUACAUGAUUUUAGAUUACAGAUAAAUGCAAAUGAUGGUUAACUACAGAUAAAUGUACAUAAUGGUAAAUUACAAAUAUAUGUACAUCAUGGUAAAUAUAUAAAUAAAUGUAUAUUUACAUGGUGUAAAUUACAUGUUAAUGUAUGAAGUGAAGUCCCAAAUCGCAAAUCAAAUAUUCCAUUGUUUAUCAAAUCGUUAAUCAGUCCAAAUUUAAUAUCAUAGACCAUAUUGACAGUAUCAUACACUUAUAUGAAAAAUCACUUUCAAAGUUUCAGAUGUGUCAAUAAAAUACAAAGACUGUAUGUACAGGUAUUUGAUUAAUGUUUGAGAUAUUGGUAAAUUAAAAAAAAUUGUUUGAUCCUGGGAUAAAGAACAAGAUAAUUCAGACAAAAGGAGGAAGAUUUCUUGCUACUGUUGAGCUAACAGUUUUAAUGUACAGUAAAACAAUGCACAUGUAUAUCACCCGGAAAAGAUACAUAUCUUAUUUUACUCCUGAAGUUAUGAUAUUCAAGAAAAAGUUUAUCGAAUCAAGAUUUCUGAAGAGUAUGUGUUCAAUUCACAACUGGCUGUGAGGGUUUUAUUUUGUUGUUUAUGUGUAUAUAAAUAUCUACAAAAUCUGAUGACAGUAAACAUAUUUGUAUAGCCUUGUUGUGGAUACCUGUAAACAGUACUGCUUCUGUUGGGUAAUGCUUGAUUAGGUGAUAUUUCAUUAUCAAUGGCUUUAUUGCUUGUGUAUUGUAUGAUAUACAGAGGCCUUUCACCAGUGUUUGCUUUACUUACCAAUUAUUCAGUAGACACAUCAGAUGGGACUGUUACAGUGUCGGAUUAUCAAAGGAAUCUUUAAUGGUGUUUAUUGACAGUUUCUUUUUUCUUUUUUUUUCUUCUUAAUUUUAACAGUGAUUGUAAAACACCUGACCUUCCCUCCUUCAAUUGCUUGGCAUUUGAUUGAUAAAAUGUCUAAUUUACAAGGCUUUUGGUGAAAAAGAUAACAAAAUACAUGGGACAAAAAUUUGUUUGCAGAAAACAAACUACCACAUUAAGAAGACUUCAUUCCAAUAUUUAUUAAUUUAGGGGGACCUGUAUUACAGGUGUAUAGGGGGGACCUGUAUUACACAUUUGAGAUUGUUCGUAUCUGUGAUAUUUUGCGUAUAUAGUGUGUGGAUGUCAGUCAGUAUUAUAGUGUGUAGGUUAAGUUACUAUAGUUUACUUAAAUUCCAGAGAAUAUUUACACAAAAACAUUUGUUGUGGAAUUAAUCACAAAUUACCGUAGGUCAAUUUAAAGUCCAUUAAGGUAGGUCAGUUAAGGUAGGCCAAUUAAACAUUCAAUUAAAGGAGGUAACUGAAUGGGUCAAUUUAAGUAUGUAUAUUGUUAAUGUUUAUUCAGAUACAAUCAUAUAAGAGAUAUAUACAUAUAUCUGUCAUUUUUUCUACCAUGAUGUCAAAACCUCUUAAAUAACCACAGAUAAUAAUUUGUAAACCACUUUGAGACGACCUAUGAACUAAGUUGUGAUAAAGCGGUAUAUAAGAACCUCAAAUUAUUACUAUUAUUAUUAUCAAAAAAUUGUAGAUCAGUUGUGAAAAUAUGUAUUGUCAAAAAUCAAGUGAUUUACCUAAAAUUAACUUGGAGUUUUCAUUUGUUGGUGGUAUAUUUUCACGUUGCUGAAUGGCGAUAUCUUUAUUGUUAUGCUAGUAGACCUUAAUUUACAUUUGGUCGGAGUGGUCCUUUUCCUUUCAGUUUGAUUUUAUUAUGCAUGUUAAGAUAUAUACAAAAUGUUCAGCAGGGCUCGUUAAAGAAUUGAACUUGAAUAAA